AUGUCUGCCCCGAUUCUUGGGGCAUUCAUUACCCACGAAAGCAAGCCUUCUCUGCCGGUUUCAGGCUUGGCCCCUGUCCUGCAUCGUGAUCAGGUUUCUACCGGUCAACCGACCGAGUAUGAAUUGAACGAAUUGAGGUGGGGUGAACGUCUGAAUGGACCAAAGACGACUCCUGAGACGCCCACCACGAUUACGCAAUCCUUCUCCCAGUCUCAGGAGGAGCUAGAAUCAAACUUCGGCACGUCGCAAAACCCAGACCAGGCUAUCGAUGCUUUCAUUCCGUCGGCAUCUAACCCUCCUCGAAACCGAUGGAGAUUGGCCGCCGCAGGAGUCAUGUUUUUACUGAUGGGCAUUAAUGAUGCGGCCACAGGCGCUCUUAUCCCCUAUCUUGAGAAGGAAUAUGACAUUAGCUAUGGCGUGGUUUCCUUGAUUUUUAUCACCAAUGCCAUCGGCUUUAUCUCCAUCGUGCCUGUAUGUCAGAUGAUUGAGGGCAAAAUUGGGCGAGCACUCUCUUGCGUUGUCGCUGCCUGUCUUAUGAGCAUCGGCUACAUCGCCCUUGUCUGUGCGCCCCCAUUCCCUGUUGUGGUGUUGAGCUUCUUCUUCUUGGGCUCGGGUAUGGGUUUCUUCUUGGCUAUGACCAACGCAUUCAUGGUCAACCUGAUGCGAGGCACCGUGAUCUUAGGCUCCAUGCAUGGGUUGUACGGAGUUGGUGGUACUGUUUCCCCUCUGAUGGCGACCGCCAUUGUGACCAGGGGCAUUCGUUGGUCGUACUUCUACUUCGUUCCCUUGUCUCUUGCGCUAGCCUCCAUCAUAUUCAUGGGCUGGUCCUAUAAGGGAUUCGAAAGUGACGCCGCAUUUCCGUUGCUUACGGAGCUUGAACAGACUGCAUCACGUCAGGCUGCAUCUCCGGGUGAACCUACAAAAUCUCAAUUACUGCGGCGGGCCCUCGGGCAGAGGACUACCCUCCUUGGCGCUGCUUUCAUAUUCUUCUACCAGGGCGCCGAAGUUGCCAUCUCAGGCUGGGUCAUCUCCUACCUCAUCACUUAUCGGAAUGGCGAUCCAUCUCAAGCAGGUCAUAUAGGAUCAGGAUUUUGGUUAGGGAUAACCGUGGGCAGGUUUGUCUUGACACAUUUCGCUCAUAAGUUGGGCGAGAAACGUGCGGUGGUGGGCCUUACUAUUGGGGCAGCAGGCUUUCAACUCUUGGUGUGGUUGGUACCGAACAUUAUUGGUAACGCCGUCGCAGAAUCACUCGUCGGUCUCUUCCUUGGGCCAGUCUAUCCAUGUGCGACAGCGGUGUUUUCGAAACUAUUGCCUAGAAACAUCCAGGUCACUGCUCUCUCGGUGGUUGGAGGUAUGGGCUCGUCAGGAGGUGCAUUGGUACCAUUUAUCACUGGUAUGUUGGCACAGCGUCUAGGCACUGUGGUUCUUCACCCAAUCGUCCUGAUUUCACUCGCAUCGAUGUUGGUGACAUGGUUCCUCCUGCCACGGAUUGGAAAGCGCUCCGAGUAA